AUGGCGGUGCAGGCGGCGCUGCUCAGCACGCACCCCUUCGUCCCCUUCGGCUUCGGGGGCUCCCCGGACGGGCUGGGGGGCGCCUUCGGAGCCCUGGACAAGGGCUGCUGCUUCGAGGACGAUGAGCCCGGGAUGCCGGCGGGCGCACUGCUGGCGGGCCCCCCCGAGGGCGGGGACGCGCGCGAGGCCACCCGCGACCUGCUCAGCUUCAUCGACUCGGCGUCCAGCAACAUCAAGCUGGCCCUGGACAAGCCGGGCAAGUCCAGGCGGAAGGUGAACCACCGCAAGUAUCUGCAGAAGCAGAUCAAGCGCUGCAGCGGCCUGAUGGGCGCCGCGCCCCCCGGCCCGCCCUCCCCGGGCGCCGCCGCCGCAGCUGACACCCCGGCCAGGCGGGCGCUCGGCGCCCCCAGCGCGCAGACUGCAGCGGCCCCGGCCCCGGGCAAGGCGGGCCCCCGGCGGGACGUCUCCUCGCAGGCCGCGGCCGCCAGCCUGCAGAGCCAGAGCCUGGCUGCGCUCUUCGACUCGCUGCGCCACGUCCCCGAGGGCGCCGGAUCCGCCGCCGGGGGUUCGGGGACCGCGCCCCCAGCCGGGCUCGCCGGAGCGGGCUCAGGGGGUGCGGGAGGGGAUGCGCUCGGCCCCGUGGGGGGCACGGCGGUCCCCGGCGCCCGGAAGGUCCCGCCGCUGCGCGCCCGCAACCUGCCCCCCUCCUUCUUCACCGAGCCGUCCCGGACGGGCGGCGGCGGCGGCGGCGGCGGCGGCGGGUGCGGCCCGUCGGGGUGCAGCGGCGUGAACCUGUGCGACCUGGAGAAGGGUCCCCCCGAGACCCUGGAGUUCUUCGAGCUGCUGGGGCCCGAUUACAGCGUGGGCUCCGAGGCGGGCGUCCUGCUCGCAGCCGCGGAGCCUCUGGAUGCGUUCCCCGCCGGCACCACGGGUCUGCGGGGACCCCUGGAGCUGGAGCCCGGCCUUUUUGAGCCGCCGCCGCCAGCGAUGGGGACAAGCCUCCCGUACCCCGAGCCCUGGAGCGCCCAGGCCUGUGCCCCGGCCAAGAAGCCGUCCCUGGCGGCCCCCCGUGGCGGCUCAACCUUGACCGAGCCCUUACGCCUCCUGUACCCCGCCGCAGUGCCCUCCCCCGGCGGGGAGGACGGGCCGGGCCCCCUGGCCGCUUUUGGCCCCUUCUUCUCAGACUGCGUCCUGCCCCCACCGCCGCCCCGCCAGGUGUCCUACGACCUGUGCGCGGGCUACGGGCGCACCUCUUACCCCAGCCUUUGGAGACCCGACGGGGUUUGGGAAGCGGACCCGGGGGAGGCGGGAGCGCCCCGGGACUGA